AUGGGUGCUUAUGAGUUCUGGUCCAGCUUCUUGCACUCACAGCUCUUUGAGCAUCCUAAAUUACCAGACACUACCUGCGCAGGCCAAACAAUCAUCGUUACUGGCGCCAACACAGGUCUUGGCAAGGAGGCCGCUCGUCACUUUGCCGCACUUGGUGCCAGAAAACUCAUCCUUGCCGUCCGCAACGUCGAAGCAGGAGAAGAAGCCAAGAGAGAUAUUAAAGCCACGACACAAUGCGAGUCGGAUGUCAUUGAAGUCUGGGAACUCGAUCUGUGCAGAUAUGAGUCUAUCGAUGAAUUCGUAAAGCAAGCUUCAAAACUAAACCGCGUUGACGUCCUUCUUAGCAAUGCGGGUAUGGCUUCCUUGCAAUGGAACACCUUUUCGGCACGCUGGGAUAUGAAGUCCCGCGAGCGGAUCAUUGGAAUCAAUGUCAUCAGCACCUUCUACCUCGCCAUAUCAAUGAUCCCAAAGCUCAAGACUACAGCUUCAGAGUGUGGCACCACCCCUCGCCUCACCAUGGUCGUAAGCGACGCCCAUCUGAUUGCCAAAUUCACAGAACUCAAGGAGAUGAUGAUUUUCGAAACAUUCGACGAUAAAGAGCGAGCUACUCCUGCAGUUACGAUGGACCGAUACCCAACGAGCAAGCUCCUCGAAGUCCUGAUUGUUCGACAAAUCGCACCAAUGUUGGAAGGAUCGGACGUUGUUAUGAACAUGGUGAACCCCGGUUUCUGCAAGUCGGACCUCGCACGAGAGAAACAUAUCUUCAUGACCAUCUUGUCCUACCUCUUUGCACGUACUACUGAGACGGGAGGAGCUACUUUGGUUACUGCGGCUAUGUCGAGAAACGAGUCAAUUGGAAAAUACUUCUCCGACGGACGAAUGAACGAUGAAGCUCUUUCGAAGUGGGUCAGAAGUAUGGAUGGAAAGCAAGCUGGUAUCCGGGUUUGGAACGAAUUGAAGGCGAUCUUGGAAGAUAUUCAGCGUGACGUCACUGCUAGUGUUUGCCCAGCAUACGUUGACUGGAAGAAAACUAAAUGA